UGCAAGUUGUGCAGAAGAAUCUUCUCCCUCAAUAUAUAUGCACAUGGAGGAGCUAGGCAAGGACCGUCUCAUUUCUCUUCUUAUAUAUACUCUGCCACACAUUUUUGCAGUGUUGUGCUCAGUUACUCACUGAGUAUAAUUUAGCCCACGGCAACCAAGCAAACUCAAAUAAUUAAGCUUGUUUAAACCAAGUGCACAGUCCUCAUUGUCUUCCUCCUUGCUUGGUCUGUAUCAUCUAUUCAUCUCCCCUGUCCUAAGCUGAUCGAUCAGUAGCUAGCUGCACCACAUAUGGCCGGCCUGUAUCCUACAUGCUCCGUCCGGCCAGCAAGAGAGUCAAUAUAUGCCCCCGCAUGCAUGAUCAGGUCUACUAAUGUGGCUGGCUUCUUCCUCUAGCUAGCUCCAAGCUGUGUCACACUGCACGCCACGCCAGUACUCCCGCCGUUUUCAGCUACCCAUAUACAUAUAUAUGCACGCAUCCAUGCACUAGCUAGCGAGCUCCAUCCACCGCAAUCCGGGCCGGUGCGUGUCGAGAUCGAUCGAGCUCUUGGCCAUGGCGGCGGCUGCGGCGGGCAACAACAACAACAACAAGGGGGCGGCGAGGAAGGAGAAGGAGAACAAGCAGAAGCAGAGCCUGGUGUCGCGGACGCUGGAGCGCUGCAGGACCGGGCUGGGCGGCGGCGGCAGGGCUUCAAUGGCGGCGGUGGCCCCGGCGGGGUGCUUCUCGGUGUACGUGGGGCCGGAGCGGGAGCGGUUCGUGGUGCGCGCCGACCGGGCCAGCCACCCGCGGUUCCGCCGCCUCCUCGACGACGCCGAGAGCGAGUACGGAUACUCGGCCCACGGCCCGCUCGCGCUGCCUUCCUGCGCCGUCGAGGACUUCCUCGACGUGCUCUGGCACAUGGACCACGACGCCGAGAUUGACGACGGCGAGAUCGACGGCCUUUCGCUCAAGUCGCCGGUGUGCGGCGCCGGGGGGCUGCAGCGGGCGAGAUCCGGGUACCGGGCGCUCAGCACAGCGAGAUCGUCCCCUGCGUCCUUCUUCUUCUCGCCCAGCUGCAGGCGGGCUAAUUCUCCGGCGGCUCGCGGGAGGAGGUCGUCGGGUAGUUGAUUAAUUUACAGUAAUUACGUACGUAGUAGGCAGGAAUGAGUUUGGCCAGUGGGAUUUGCAGGCACGUGCGUGUGCUUAUACAGAUCGACAAGUAAUUUUGUCAACAACUGCAUAUGUCCAUACUCACUGCCUGCUUUAAUUAGUCGACCGAGCGCAGCUGAUUUAAUUAGAUUGAUAGCAGUGAAGUGAAAGGUUAAGAAGAUUAUGUGUGCAUACCGGCCGAUGUUUCCUUGCAGAAAAUUUUCUGCAUACAACUGAUGUAAGCGUGUGGCAUAUAGCAAAUGAAACAGAUCGAGAGAGAGAUUAAACUGA